CCUGCCGUCAGCUGGAAAACGUCAAAGUCAGCCGAAACAAAAGUCAACUUUUGUUUUGUUUGACAAUAAAAAUAAAAUAUAAAAAGUGAGAAUGGUUUUCUUAUAAAAUAAUAAUUUAUAUAUAUUUUUUAUCAGGUUUUUCCACAGAGCUUUUGCUUUGAUAAUUAUGUGCAAUACUACAAUAUUAGAAGCCAUACAAUUCUGAGAUGGAUGGAAUUUAUUGUGCUCAGUUCAUCUUUUACAAUGAUUUUGACUCUGCAAAUUUGUUAAAGGUGGAAUUUGUCUCCUAUAGUGAAUCAGCUGUUGUAAAAGAAACUUCAAGUUCAUCAACUAACAAACAUAUUGUAGCCGUUGACAUUCCAGAUGCUGAAUUUAAUAUAUGGACAAAACCAGAUUGUUAUGGAACAGAAUUUGAAAAUGGCAAUAGAACUUGGUUUUAUUUUGGAGUUAAAGCUCCCAAAUCUGGUUUACUGGUCAAAUUCAACAUAAUCGAUUUAAAUAAACAAGGAAAAAUGUAUAGUCAAGGAAUGGCACCAGUAUGUCGAGUUAUUCCUGGAAGAUAUAAAUGGGAACGGAUCCAUGACAAACCUGUUUAUGGUACGGUCGACGAAGUUUUUACCCUUUCUUUUAAAUGCCGUUCACCAGAAAAUACUGAAAGUAUAACAUACUUUGCCUUUACAUAUCCGUUUUCAUAUACUGAGCUCCAGAAGAUGCUAGGCACUAUUGACACAAAAUGGCUUUCAAUUCAACCAAUUACUGAGGAUGACAUUUACUAUGUAAGAGAAACAGCCUGUGUUUCAUUGGAAGGAAGAAAUAUAGAUCUAAUUACCAUAUCAUCAUAUCAUGGUAUAACAAUGCAAAGAGAGGACAGAUUAAAAAACCUAUUUCUUGAUAAAGAUGUGUCGAGGCCACAUAAGUUUUCAGGAAAAAAGGUGAUAUUUAUAUCAGCCAGAGUUCAUCCAGGAGAGACGCCAUCAUCGUUUGUGUUCAAUGGAAUUCUUAACUUUUUGCUUUCAAGGGACGAUCUUCAGGCGCAGAUAUUAAGAAAAACCUACGUGUUUAAACUUAUACCAUUUUUAAACCCCGAUGGUGUAGCCAAUGGUCAUUAUAGGACUGAUACCAGAGGUGUCAAUUUAAAUCGAGUGUAUCUCGAUCCGAAUUUUAAAGAACAUCCCUCAAUAUAUGCUGCUAGAGCUUUAAUAAGAUAUUAUCAUUUUGGCGUGGAGAAGGAAGACAAGGUACCAAAAUGCGAAGCCUGUUUAAGAGAUCCGGAAGCUUGCCAUAAGUUACACGCGAACGACUCCGAGAAUAUCAAUAAGAUGUCACACAUGUCACUAAAUGAGGAGGAAUCUGGAAAUCAAGUGGGUAGCGUGCCAUGGUGCACGAAAUGGCACAAUUUUUGUCGGCAAUGCGGUUGCAAAUUAAACCAUACCGAGAGCAAGGAAGAGGUGAAAUUCGAAACACUGACGGUCGGUAAUCAUGGCGAUGCGAAUUCUAAUGAAUCCGGACUGUAUUUGUACCUUGAUUUGCACGGACACGCGUCGAAAAAGGGUAUUUUUAUGUACGGAAACCAUUUUGAUGAUUUGGAACGUCGGGUCGAGUGCAUGCUGUUUCCAAAACUAAUGGGGUUGAAUAAUCAUCAUUUUCAUUUUCAAGGCUGUAAUUUUACAGAAAGAAAUAUGUAUCUCAGGGAUAAACGUGAUGGAAUGAGCAGGGCAGGUUCAGGACGUGUUGCUGUUCUGUCACUUACUGGUAUAAUAAAAAGUUAUACACUAGAAUGCAAUUACAAUACCGGAAGACUCGUCAAUGUGCUUCCGCCCACAGUAAAAGAAAGUUCCGGAAAAGUUCAUACAUUACCUGUACCUCCUAAGUAUACACCGCAAAUUUUUGAGGAGGUGGGUCGUUCGUUAGGGGCGUCUAUUUUAGACCUCAGUGGCCAAAACCCGUUCUCCCGACUGCCAAAUUCAGAGUUUCACAAUUUAAACGGACUCAGGGACUGGCUUCGCAAUAGUUGCUGCACCAAUAAUUUUGGUGAGUCCAGACCGAAAAUGAGUAAGAUGAGACCGCCUGUCGGUGCCCAAAAUCAGGGUAAGAACAGAACCGUCGCUAUCCAGAGAGUACGACCAGCGGUGAAGAAGACAGUGAGGCAGUUAAAGGCCAGGGGUCCGGUUCCGAUCGAUCGCAAGGAAAAUCUCGUGUGUCACACCAGUAUAAAUCACUCGAGCAGCUCAAAAUCUUCCAUAAAACUCAACAGAUCAUUCAAAUCUAAAAGCCGCAAGGAGUUAUCUUUGAAGAAUAAAAACACAUCUGCCGAAAGGUUAAGUAAGGCAACCAACUCUAGAAACAAAAAGAUGCCAAUUUCACUCAACUCUCAAAAGUUAAAACUCAAUCUAACACCCGCGGACCAGAAAGCGAAAGUAGAAGAAGAAGAACUACGACUAAGAGAAAUCUGCUUCAUAAAAAGUACGGAAGGCAAAACUAUGAUAGCUAAAUACAAAAACAAAGAGGGCGAGGAGUUCGAUGACAGUUUGGUGGUAUCGUGGGAUGCUCCGACCUCGAAGGCCACCGUGUUCACCCACAAAUCCAAGUUACCUCCACCUGUUUUUUUGCCGAAAUCUCCGUCGGAACCGGGCCCAAGUAAGCAGGGCGUUUUUCGAAUUCAUAAUUUUUCGAAAAGUGCCUCGUUAAAGACCAGGUUAAAAAAACAAGGACUGAGAAGGCUAGUUAGCGCAUCCGAACUCGGCAAAAUCGAUAAAAAGAAGAAGAAAAAACUACGUAUAAAAUAAUGUUGUUAUAUCAGUAAAUAUAUUAUUUAUACUGUA